AUGUCACGGCCUGAAGAGUUGGUAUUGACAACGUUGAAGGCGGUCCUGGAUUUGUUCUUGGAUGAAAAGUAUGAGGAAGCGAUUAUCAAAUGCAGUUUCCUGUUGAGAAAAAAGACCAACUUGGAUUCCUCAUUGACUACAUCGGUCCAAAAGCUUCUAUUGUUAUGUUACCUGGAACAAGAGGACUAUCAAAAGGUGAUUGACUGGGUUGAUCAAAACAAUAAUAAACUGUCGGAACUGGGGACAUAUGCAAAGUACAGAGCAAAGGACUACAGCGCUGUAUCCAAGCAAGCGUCCAAGGAUUCCAUCUUGGAGCGACAUUUGCUCGCACAGUCUUACUUUCGCUUGAAGCAAACGAAUCCAGCAUUAAAGAUUUACCAAGAAUUAUUGAAGGAAUCCAAGAGCGAUGAUGCUCGAAUGGAGGUACUGCACAAUGCCAUUGCGGUUGUUGCGGACAAUGCUUCCAUACCAUUUGUGCCAUUGAGCGAGGACGGUCACCAAAAAUGGGUCGAUCAAGCCGAUGAAUUUCUUCAAGAGCAUCCAGAAAAUCACGAUUUGGCUUUUAAUUUGGGGACUCUACAAGCUCUGUCAGGGAAUGCAGAUCGAGACUGGUUGGAUGAGGCAGAAAAAAACUGUGAUGAUGACGAUGAUAUUCCAGCGAUUGAACACAAUCUUGCUUGGAGCCAUCAUUUCUGGCAAAAGGAAGGCUCGCCGGAAGUGGAAUAUAGCGACAUUGAUGCAGAUCCAACAUCACUGCCGUCCAUCUUGGCCAACAUUAACAAAUCUUUGUUGGAUGACAAAGGGAAGCUUCCCUCACAACCAAACCAAAAGUGGAAUACCUUGCAAACUCGAAUGUACUGGUACAAUCGCGCAAUCACCCAAUACAAGGGAAACAAACUCGUGGAAGCUCAAGAAUCCUGCCUGUCUCUCAAGAAAACCCUAGGAGGCGGCGGCGGUGGUGGUGGUGAUGAAUCAUCCAAGAAGAAAAAGGGAACCAAAGCAAUGCAAUCCAUGGCGGACAUGUGGUGGGAAGCCAGAGUCGAUGUGGUCCUGGCAUAUGUCCAAGAUGCGCAAUCCAAAAAGUCUGCGGCGACAGAGAAAUUAGAGUCUCGGUUGGAGUUCCUAAAGCAGCAACGGCCAGACUCCUAUACCAUUGAUCAUGCCAUUGCCCAUGUUUCCUUGCAUCUAUUCUCAAUACAAAACGCAACCCGUCGACCAGUGGCAGCCGAGAUUGUAACACUUCUCAAAGCUCUUCCUGCCUCUAUGCAGUCGCACCAGGCUGUGAUUGCCACCAUUGAUGCCUUGGACGAUAGCUCGUCAAAAACUCAAAAGACUCCACUGGAACAAGCAGACAUGUUCUUUAGUCAGGGAAAGUACGAGGAAGCUGCAAAACUGUACGCAGCUAAUCUAGGUAGUGUAGAACGUUGUGGGGACGACGAGAUCCCACAUCAUCUUCGACAUGUUCAGGUCUUGGCCAUGGUUGGUCAGCACGACGAAUCAGCAGAGUUGUGGUCCAAGAUUCAACAAGGUGUGGCAGAUGGCUUUGAAUCAUCAUCUUCCAGAUUGGACGGCGAGGCAUUGGAAAAGCAAGAUUUGCCUAGAAGCAGUACAACCAAGUCCAUUGAUAAACAGCUUGGAGCUGGUGGAAUCAAUGACAGCAAGCCAACGCGAUCUCAAAAGAGCAUCCUUCGCCAACGAGCGAAAAGACGAGAGGCAUACCUCAAAGAAUUGGAGGCCAAGGGCGACUACAACCCUGAUCGGCCUGUCAAGCCAAAUCCAGAACGAUGGAUUCCAAAGCACGCACGAAGCAGCAACAAACGCCGAGGUCGACGUGGCGGCGGCGGUAGUGGACCAAAUCGUUCGGCACAAGGAGGGGGGUCACAAGCGGACGCACAGAGACUGGAUGCUGCGGCUCGAAGGGCUGGUGUUGUUCCUGUUGGUACUGGACCAUCAACGGCAAACAUGAAGGUACUAUCAGAUGGUUCCAGAAGAAAACGACGGUAG